AUGACGCGGGCUCGCCCUGGCCCCUCCUUGCAGUUCAUCAAUAUCGCGACCCCUGACGACACUGCUUCCCACGCACGGCGACGGCAGGUCCGUUCUCAUGCUGCCAGGAACUCCAGUAAACGUCAGAGGGCCGUCUCCGAGUAUCAAGAGAAGUCAAGGCAGCAUGGCUCAGCAUCAGCGCGGGCAAUACUAACUACCCGUUCACCGCGCCUAUCCCAUAAUUUGAGUGCGGCGUGGACAGACCCCUUUGAUACUUUUAUCCGUAAAGUCUCUCGAUUAGAGUGGUUCCUCAUUGACCACUUUGUUCGACACGUGGCCGGAGUCUCUACAGUCUGCCUCCCCUUCACAAGCAGCCAGGAAGAGGCGCAAUUCGUAGAGGAGUCGGGGAGAUGGUGGACACAGAUGGCCGCUGUGGACACGGGCAUACUGGCCGCCGUGCUGCAAAUGUCGUGCCGGGACCUCUCGUACAACUACCCAGCGGGAUACGCUCCGCUCGCCCUAAGAUACAACGCCGAAUGCAUGGAAAGCGUGAGCGAUGCGCUCAAGGACAUGACUGUAGCAUCGAGCGAUCUCACCAUUGCCAAGACAUUCGCGCUCGCAUCCGAUGCCACUCUAUGCGGUGACGCCCAAACUGCCAAAAUCCACCUCGAAGGCCUGGACAAGCUGGUGGCGAUUCGAGGAGGCACCGACACAAUGUCGGCGCUCUGCUACGCUGGCAAACUGGUCACGCUCUUCCUGAAGGGCCCCUUUCAGCAAAAUGCCCUCGUCACAAUCACAUGCAUAGGUCUGAUGGCAUCGGCGUACUCUGAAGAGGAGACAAGCCCAGGAGGUGAAGAUUAA